CUAGCCUUGCUUAAACGACAGGUGAUAUAGCCAGCGGUCACUCAGACGCCGGUUAAACGUACCUGCACUCUUGAUCCGAGUCGCUGUCCGGACACACUUGCCUCCACCUGCUCCGGAAAAGGCAACAGCUGGGCACUUGCGUCUCCACAGACCUUGGCAUCACAUACGAGAUGAGAUUCUUGCUGUUGCUGUGCGCGCUGGGGACAGCCAGUGCCUUGACGUUUUCUGACGAGUACAACGCAUGGGCGAGUGACCUGACACCAGGAUGGAUAAUAAAAGAGGUUAUAAAGAAUGGCCAGUUAUGUCACUGCAAGGUGGCUGGAAACAUGACCACACCCACCACCCCGAUGCCUACGACUACAACUUCGACCACAACUUCAACCUCUACUACUACUAGCACCAGCACGUCGACCUCAACCUCUACCACAACCACUUCUACGUCGACUUCUACAAGUACGUCUACUUCUACGUCCACAAGCACUACGACUACUACGAGUACGUCGACAAGUACUUCAACUUCUACAACUACAACAAGCACAUCAACGAGUACUACAACUACCUCUACAAGCACGUCAACCUCUACGUCAACAACUACUACAAGUACAUCUACAUCCACUUCAACUUCUACGUCUACAUCCACUACAACUACUACAAGCACAUCUACAAGCACUACAUCUACAAGCACUUCAACUUCAACGUCUACAACAACUACAAGUACAUCCACAAGCACUACAACUACUACGAGCACAUCUACAAGCACUACAACUACAAGUACGUCAACAUCAACGUCCACAAGCACUUCAACUACAUCGACAUCGACAAGCACUUCGACUUCAACGUCUACAACCACUACAAGUACAUCCACAAGUACUACAACUACUACGAGCACAUCUACAAGCACCACAACUACAAGCACUUCAACGUCAACGUCUACAAGCACUUCAACUACAACGACAUCGACAAGCACUUCUACUUCAACGUCUACAACCACUACAAGUACAUCUACAAGCACUACAACUACAAGUACAUCUACAAGCACAUCUACAAGCACUACAACUACAAGUACAUCUACAAGCACUACAACCACUACAAGUACAUCUACAAGCACUACAACCACAACCUCCACGACUACACCGGCAGGCCCGAUUGACUGUGACGCGGAAAUCACUGUCAGUCAUCUGACGGUAGACUACUGGUCGACGCCCAAUUAUCCUAACAACUACCCAGAGGACAUUACAUGCACGCUGACUAUCACUAUACAAAGUGCAAUGCCCGCUCUGAUGAUGGUUAACUUGAUUGUGGAUGGACCCGGGGCGAUACAUACCUCCGGAAGCUGUUCUUCCGAUUAUAUAAACGUUGGCAACGGAUUGAUAAAGGACUGCGGAAGCCUCACGGGCAAAUCCUACACUGCUCCGUUUGGGGCCACAACAUUUACCGUUGUCUUCCACUCAAGCUCGGCCGAUGGGGGGACCGAUAUGGGCUUCAAUCUCAAAAUUGAAGGUUUUGAUGGACUGAUGGGUUAACUUCCGCGUUCUAAUGUUCCCGCGUGCCCUGACAUCUUCAGGAAUCAGCAAUCCCUUUAAUUUUAAUGGAUUAGAAAUUGAUUCAUUAAAGGAGUGUUCCCAAAUUAGUUGAACAACUUCCUAGUACGUUCAAGAAAAUUGCUUUGGUUGUAAUCAAAUGUGUCUUUCAUUGAUUUUCAUUCACUACGAUUUGUGUUUCGACAUACAACGGAAACAUCGAUUAUGUAUGUAUGCGAGUUUAUCCUUUAUCCUUCUACAUGGGAACUUACGAAAUACACUAUUGGCAUUACAGUAUGAUUCCUUUCGUGAAAUUGAACACUUGGAGAAAGGUGUGAAAUAAAGGAAAAUAAAAUAAAA